GCGAAGAUUUCCAACGACGAAUAGUCAGAUCGCAAUCUAGUCUAGUGUAUUAUUGCGCAAAGGAAAAUACGCCCAAAAUCGCUACACGAUAAUAACGUUAGACUGUAACUGUUUCUUGAAUUCUUCAGAGGCAAUAAUUUUGCCUCUUUCUUGCAUGAGAUGUCUUUAGAGGAUUGAAAGCUAUAUAUCAGAGUAAUGAUGAGGGUGAAAUUUGAAAAUGGAUCACGUCUUGUGAUUUUCAAUCGCAUGGUCUUCUUUGCUGUGGUGGUGAUUUCCCUAUCGGAACAGACUUUGGCCCAGCAGGUAUGUCAAGACCAAAUCGUCCAGGCAGCUGAUUGGUCCACUAACGUCACAGUUCGUUACAACACCGACGUCACUUCUCCUGAAAAUGUCACCUACGAACCCGUGGACAAUUCCAAUUUCCCCGUGGGGAUGUACCCCAUCACGGCGACACUCGAUGGUGCUACUAAUUGCACCUUUACUCUCAUCGUUCUAGCCAAUCCUAUAUGUCCAACAAACAUUUCGAUAUCAAGUGAUGAGAACGUGACAACAACCGAUGUCAUCUGGAGCUAUCCUAGCGAAAAUCGCAUUGACCUUUUCCCUUUGACCUCUAAUCCGCUGAACGGGACAACCUUUGACCUUGGUGUGACUGACGUCACCUUAUCCCUCACAGAUUAUCCGGAAUACAGGUGUACUUUCAUUGUGGAAGUGAAAGAUGAGCAACCACCUCGGCUGACAUGCCCAGAAAACCUUGAUGUGAACAACUCUGCAGUGGCCAUCUGGGAUGUCCCUAUGUCUUUGGAUAACUCUGGAAGCGUUCUUCUGAGCUCCAGCCACACACCAGGAAGUUAUUUCCCGUUCAAUACAACUACCGAGAUCACCUAUACCGCGGCGGAUAGCAGCGGGAACACAAUCUCUUGCUCGUUCAAUCUGACCGUCGUCCGAGAUGGGUCGCCGGAGAUCACGAACUGCCCCUCCGACUUGAGUAAGGCGGUACCCCCGGGUGUAAACGACACGACUGUAACCGAAUUAUGGACCCGAGAACCCACGGCCACGUCCCCAUCGGGCGGCGAUGUGACUGAAUCCAGUAACUUCGAUAGAACCUCGAGCUUUGGUAUUGGUACUACCCGGGUAACCUUCACGUUCACAGAUCAGGCUGGCUCCAGCUCCAAGUGUCGCUUCCUCGUCUCCAUAACAAGAGAACCUGACACAAAUGCACCGUAUGUUGACAACGGCGUAACAUGCCCGUCGGAUGUCAUUCGGAACGCUCCGCCGGGAACGACAGAGAUGCAAGUCAUCUAUGAUGAGCCGACAUUCAAUGAUGUCGUCGACGGGAAAGACAUCAAGGUCACGACGACGAAAGAAUCGGGUUCGGUGUUUAGUGCAGGAACGACCGAGGUUCUUUAUGUGGCUACGGACAAGUCUUUUGAAAUCAACCAAUGCAUUAUAAGCGUAACGGUCGAUGUGACGGAAGACAACGAGGAACCAGUCAUUAUGGGUUGUCCAGGGAAUAUCACCCGUUGGGUGGGAGUAGGAGUCCCCUCUGUGGCGAUCACCUGGACCAAGCCCAAUGCCACCGACAACUUUGAAGUGGUAUCGUUUAACUCCUCCCACGAGCCAGGUUCCAUGUUCCCCAUAGGAGUAACAAGAGUCAACUAUACUGCAACGGAUCUGGUCAACAAGCAAGAUACCUGUGAAUUUUACGUCACAGUUAUAGUUGAUACCGAGAGUCCGGUCAUAAUGAACUGCCCUAGUGACAUCACCGAGUUCGUUGGUGAAACAGUGAACUCUUUGGAAGUGACGUGGGAGUCCCUAAAUAUCACGGACAACUCUGGUAUGUACCUUGUGGAUUCCAGCCGCCCAUCCGGAUACAAUUUUCCAGCUGGGCCCAUCCCUACCGAUGUCACCAUCAGUGUCGCAGACGAAGCCGGAAACUUGGCGAGGUGUAACUUUAGAGUAAGCAUAUCUGUCGAUCCGGCGCCCGAUCUCAUGUGCCCUGAAAUGCCCGUCAGUAAUAGCACCACUCCUGGACAGUCUUAUGCUGACAUCUAUUGGCUAAACGAGAUAACAGUGACAGACAACACAAUAUUCAUGUCUAACAGCACACAUGAAAGCCCCCUUCGAGUUGAACUGAACUCACCCAUGACCGUAGACUACAGGGUUGAAGACUUACGAGGAAACGUCAGAUCAUGCACUCUUCAAGUCGUCGCUAACGAUACCGAGAAACCAGUGUGGACUCCAUGCCCUGCAGACAUAACCCGAGCAGCCGUCCCGGGGACCAAUUCCGUUACGAUUAGCUGGGACGCGCCGGGCGUGACGGACAACUCGGGCGAGACUCCUCUUGAAGUCAGCACCCCUCGGACACCUCAACUGUUUUCUGGAGGGACCCACACCAUCGCUUACAUAGCAGAGGAUGGCGCGGGAAAUAAUGGCACCUGUCAAUUUGUUGUGACAGUUACAGUCGAUUCGGCUGUUCCUCAAAUCUUGAACUGUCCACCGGAUGGCCCUCUGGUCUUCUCGACCCCGGAAGGACAAGCCACCGCUAUUGUGACCUGGGACACCAUCACUGCAACCGAUACUACGGAUGGUAGCGUUCCUGUGAGUUCAAGGAUCAAUCCAGGGGAUGAGCUCACCAUUGGCAGGCAUCUAGUGGAGUAUGAAGCCACAGAUACCAGCGGGAAUGUGGCGACAUGCUCAUUUACGGUCGAAGUCAGGGACGCUGAGCCACCGACGAUCACCGGUUGUCCUGAUGAUAUCAUCGCCUAUGCGCUUCCACAACGAGCGCAGACCCCUGUGUCGUGGACCACGGAAGCUACAGCGACAGAUAACUCAGGAUCAGUGACGGUCUUCAGUAAUCCAGAAUCAGGCUCGCUCUUCACUGUCGGUCAAUCAACCCAGGUGCUAUACUCAGCGAGAGAUCCAUCACUAAACGAAGCCGGGAAUCCGUGUAGCUUCACCGUCACUGUACAGACAGCAGAUUUGAUCCGUAUCAGAGGCUCGGUGACGCUUGAUACGAUUCGCGGGAAUGGAAUCUUUCUUGAUCAGCAGACAGCUCGGGACACUUUGCAGGCUGAUCUGGCGACAUUAUUCCGGGGAACAAGCCUUGCUCCUGUCGACUUUGUGGAUGUUGAGGUGCUGACUUCAGUAAUAGUCUCGGAGAACGAUCUCCGUGCUAGCUUCACUCUCUACUUUGCUCCAGACUCGCAUCACAACGAAGAGGAAAUCAAAGAAAUCUUUUACAACGCGCUCGGGAACAGAGUUAGCUUCGCCAACGGGAAUGUCAUUGUACCAGAUAGCUUCGAUCUGACCGUAACAGAAUAUCGUGGAGAGUUUACUCUCAGGAGCAUCGUUCCAAAUAUUGACCUGGUAGACUUCACAUCAUGUUGCUCCGAUCCGAAUAGUGCAAGUUAUCAAGCAGUCCUACAGACGAUCUACAGCCAUUUUACUGCUACAUUUGGGAGUAUGUCUCUCAUUCUAAUGACGCGUAUCCUGCCGCUUCGAGAAGGGAGCAUCAUAGUCCCAUACACGCUAACAUUUGAUGGGUUUACAUCAGUAACCCUAAACGACAUAGUGACUGCUUUCAACGCUACAGUCCAGGAACCGACUAGGGAGCUCUCCCAAACCGAUCUCUUUCUCGCCCUGACUAGUGAUGGUGGAAUUGGUGAUACGGUUGGGAUAUGUCCAGCUGGCUACUGUAGCAAUGGAGGUACUUGUAAUGUCGCUACAGCAGACACGUAUGCCUUCGAAUGCAGUUGUCAGUCUGGGUUUACAGGAGAUCAGUGUCAAAAUAUGAGAAGCCCGCUGAGCACGGUUGAGAUCAUCGGUAUCUUCCUUGGUGUGAUGGGUUUGAUCCUCAUUCUCCUGGUCAUCUGUUGCUGCUGUCUGUGGUUGAUGGGUGCGAGGUCGAGAAUGCCUGCUGAUGAGGAGUACCUCGUGGACAAAGCACCCCAUCCCAGCAUGCUCAUGCUGCCGAUGGAUGAAGAUUAUUACCGACCACCUCGUCGUCAGCGGCCAACCAUCACCGAAAUGCCCGAAGAACUAGACCCCCGACCAUACAGACCUCCCACUCCGCCCUCUCCGCCCCCAUCUUCAUUUAUGCACGAUGAUCCCUUCUUCGUACCACCCCCUCAACCAUGGCAACCACCACGGCAACCACAACAACCAAUGAUCCUUCCUCCUCAACAGCAACAACGACGACGCCCAAGGAGUCCACCUCGACAACGGAGAGAACGACCACCGGGUUACUACGAAUCCCGAGUACCAGGACCACCACCUCCGCAACUGUCUCGCCAGAUCUUGGUGUUACCACCACAGGCUCCAAGAUGGCACCGAAUGAGGAAUCGUAUUGACCGGUAUUUGCCGAAGCGAGGGCCGCGAUUCCGCGGCAACCGUCAACCCGAACCACUAUCAUAUCUUAAUGAGCUACCACCCGGCUAUGACCGGGGACCAAUUCGUCGUAAUGACCGGGCACCUGCUCCACAAUUCAGAGGAGAUUAUGCUCCAGACCCGCUACCCGGCCAGUACCUUCAGGGUGGAGGACCAAUCCGCAGGAAUGGCUCAAGAAGGCCCGAUUCUUCUCGAAAGAGAGGAAACCGUGUACCAGAAGAGGUUGGAGAAAUGAAACAACGAUUGUUCCAUGAGUUCAACUAUUAAUUAAGGUUGAUAACAUAUUUUAAUACCCUGGCCUCAUCUGAGUUUGCUUAGGGUUGUUGUUUACAUUUAAGUAAUUGAGAAAUAUAUUUUAUAAAUAUGAUAGUAUAAAACUAGUAAAAAAAUGUAUGGACAUACAUGUAUUUCAUCUUUAAUUAUCAAAAAAUUAUCCAAUGAUGUGGAUAAAUUAACUUGAUUUGGUAGCACAGUAGAGUUUAGGGAAAGUUAAGUUUGUGUAAAAAGAUCAUAAGAACACUGAACUGUUUAAAUCAUGUUUAAUAAUAUCUACACUUGUAUAUUACUAUACGUCAGCUAUACCAAUGACCAACUACAGACCAAACAAACAAUUAAAAUUACCCCCUUUGGCCAAAAAUCGGUCGAUAUGCAUGAAGUGCGACUUCGAGUCGGUUGGGUGGGGUGACCGAGGUACUAACGAUUUAUUAUUCGAGCUCACAUUGAAAUAUUCAUAUUCUAAACAUGGAUUUUUUUUACAAGUAGUCUUUCAAAUAUA